AUGGCGUCCUCCGGGCUCCUCCUUCUCCUCGGCUGCCUCGCGUCCGCCCUGCUCGCCGGCGCCACCAAAGUGCACCACCACGAGUUCAUCGUCCAGGAGACGCCGGUGAAGAGGCUGUGCGAGGAGCACAACAUCAUCACGGUGAACGGGCAGUUCCCGGGGCCGACGCUGGAGGUCCGGGAGGGGGACACGCUGGUGGUCAACGUCGUGAACCAGGCGCAGUACAACGUCACCAUCCACUGGCACGGCAUCCGGCAGUUCAGGACGGGGUGGGCGGACGGGCCCGAGUUCGUGACGCAGUGCCCCAUCAAGCCCGGCGGCAGCUACAAGUACCGCUUCACCAUCGAGGGCCAGGAGGGCACCCUGUGGUGGCACGCCCACAGCUCCUGGCUCCGGGCCACCGUCUACGGCGCGCUCAUCAUCCGGCCCCGGGAGGACAAGCCCUACCCCUUCGACAAGCCAUCGCGGGAGGUGCCCAUCCUCCUCGGCGAGUGGUGGAACGCCAACCCCGUCGAGGUCAUCCGGGAGGCGCAGCGGACCGGCGGCGCGCCCAACGUCUCCGACGCCUUCACCGUCAACGGCCAGCCCGGCGACCUCUACAACUGCUCCCGCCAAGACACCACCGCGAUCUCGGUGAAGCCCGGCGAGACGGCGCUGCUGCGGUUCAUCAACUCUGCGCUCAACCACGAGCUCUUCGUCUCCAUCGCCAGCCACAAGAUGACGGUCGUCGGCGUCGACGCCUCCUACACCAAGCCGUUCGUCACCUCCGUGCUCAUGAUCGCGCCGGGCCAGACCACCGACGUGCUCGUCACCAUGGACCAGGCGCCCACGCGCUACUACAUCGCCGCGCGCGGCUACGUCACCACGCAGGGCGUGGCGUUCGACAACACUACCACCACCGCCGUACUCGAGUACGACUGCGGCUGCACCACCGACUUCGGCCCAUCGAUCCCGCCGGCGUUCCCGACCCUCCCGGCCUUCAACGACACCGGCGCCGCCACGGCCUUCGCCGCGGGCAUCAAGAGCCCGCGGAAGGUCGAGAUCCCAAGCCCCGUCGACGAGAACCUCUUCUUCACCGUCGGCCUCGGGCUGUUCAACUGCGCGCCGGGGCAGCUGUGCGCCGGGCCGAACAACAACACCCGCUUCACGGCCAGCAUGAACAACAACGUCAGCCAGAGCCUGUGGCAGCCGAUCCCGGCGACCAAGCUGUACAAGCUCAGGUUCGGCUCCGUGGUGCAGGUCGUCCUGCAGGACACCAGCAUCGUCACGCCGGAGAACCACCCCAUCCACCUCCACGGCUACGACUUCUACAUCCUCGCCGAGGGCUUCGGCAACUACGACGCCGAGAAGGACGCCGCGAAGUUCAACCUCGAGAACCCACCGCAGCGGAACACCGUGGCGGUGCCCGUGAACGGCUGGGCGGUCAUCCGGUUCCGCGCCGACAACCCGGGGGUGUGGCUCAUGCAUUGCCAUCUCGACGUGCACAUCACCUGGGGCCUGGCAAUGGCGUUUCUGGUCGAGGACGGGUAUGGCGAGUUACAGUCACUGGAGGCGCCUCCAGUUGAUCUUCCAAUGUGCUAA